AUGGGCAUCUGUAAUUCAAAUGGAGUCAUAAGAGAUUUCGCAGGGCCAUAUUUUGUGUCAGAGGAUCUCAUGGCAUUUGGUAACCCUACAAAGUAUUGGCAGCUGUCUCCCCAGAAAGCUACAAAUGGACAAGCUGGUUGGGAUGCAGCAGUGGCUGAAGCGUCUGAGAUUUACAAGAAAAGGAUGCAUAUAAUAUUCUAUGACAAUUGCCACUCCCACGUGGCCACUGCACUGAACAUCAUGAACUAUGGGGGUUGUAAAAACUGGAAUAUGGUUAAAUUGGCAUUCUACAUGAUACCCUACUCAAAAUAUGUGAGCUUUGGAGCAUUUCUGAAGACGUGGUUACCGUUUUUGAUCAUUGUCGCCUUUAUAUGUGGUUUGGCUGCAAUUAUUUAA